CAAAGCGGCAAUCACCGCCUCAUCACGUCACCGCCACCCAAUACGUUACCAUCGCGCAGGCCCAUCGCGCAGCUGUUCCAUCGCGACUACAGGACACCAUGAAUCGCAUCUUUGGGUCAUCGAGCAGCAAGAAACCUAAGCCUACACUCCAGGACGCCAUCGCAUCGACUGAUGGUCGCAUAGCAUCCAUCGAAGUAAAGAUAAAGAAGCUCGAUGGAGAGCUAGGGCGGUACAAGGAGCAAAUGAGCAAGCUACGAAACGGUCCAGGGAAGCAAGCCAUCCAGCAGCGGGCACUCCGCACUCUGAAGCAGAAGAAGAUGUACGAAAGCCAGCUUGCCCAACUCACCCAGCAAACAUUCAAUAUGGAAUCAGCCGCUCUUACGACAGAGAACUUGCGGAACACAAUGGCCACAGUCGAUGCUAUGCAACUGGCGAAUAAGGAGAUGAAGAAACAAUACGGAAAGAUUGAUAUUGACAAGAUAGAGAACAUGCAUUUUGAAAUGGAGGACUUGCUGGAGCAGGCGAAUGAAAUACAAGAGUCGCUAGGGAGGUCAUAUGCAGUACCUGACGAACUUGACGAGGCGGAUCUAGAAGCUGAACUCGAUGCUUUGGCACUGGAAGAAGAGGAAGAAGGCACCUCAUAUCUCGCCGACAUGAAUAAGGUGCCCGACUUUAUUGAUGAACCGCCAGUGGAGAUUGAGACGCCGGCACAACACGAAGCUGUAAAGGCAACAAGCUAACGAGAUAUCCGCUAUUGAAUGCAACCUUUUAUUUAAUGUAGGGUAGUCGUAAUGAGAGAUGUACAAGCAAACAGAGCUCUAGU